UCUUUUCUCAUUGCACUCUCUAGAGGCUCUCUACUCAUUUCUCUUCGCUCUCGAGAUGAUUGACGAUCAAGAUCUGGGAUUUUUUGCCAAUUUUCUCGGCGUCUUCAUCUUUAUACUGGUAAUUGCGUACCAUUUUGUGAUGGCUGAUCCCAAAUACGGAGAAAAUUAAGGAAAUUUCUUCCCAAUUUACAAUGUCAGUGGUUUAUCAUCUAGCUAGUACUAGUUUCUUAUAGUUUCUGAAGAUGCCAACAGUUUUGUUUUGAUUUUGACAAUGCAUCAUCUUAAUCCAUGUACUUUGAACUAAUUUAAGUAAUGAUUUAGAGAUGUUUUUCAACUGUUUAAGA